AUGGAUUUAGAUUUAGGUUCAACUGUACGAGGAUAUGAAUCGGAUAAAGACACAUUUCUACAAUCAAAAAGCGUUACCUCAUCUCAAAAAGAGAAGCAUAAUCAGUUGAAUCAAACUAAAAUAGCUUAUGAAGAGCGACUGCUAAAUGAAUUAGAAGAUAUGGACGAUCCUUUGGAUUUGUUUUUGGAUUAUAUGAUAUGGAUCAGCACAAACUAUAUAGAUUUGGAUUCUACUUCGGGCCAGGAAAUUCUUCGAAGUACAAUGGAGAGGUGUUUAGUUUAUAUACAAGAUUUGGAAACCUAUAGGAACGAUCCCAGAUUUUUGAAAGUGUGGAUAUGGUAUAUCAAUUUGUUUCUCAGUAACAACUUACACGAGUGUGACAAUACGUUUACGUAUAUGUUUAGAAAAGGAAUCGGAAUUAAGCUUUCGUUGUUUUAUGAAGAGUUCUCUAAGUUAUUGGAAAAUGCGCAAUAUUUUCUAGAAGCAAAAAUAUUAUUAGAGUUAGGCGCUGAAAACAAUUGCAGGCCCUAUAAUAGAUUACUAAAAUCAUUAAACAAUUGCGAAGAAAGGCUCCGAGGAAUGGACAUUAAAGAAAACCAAGAAAACUUGUCUGAUUCAAGAGAAAGGUUAAAGGAAAGGAUAAACUGCGGACAAGUACCCUUUUUCAUUCGUAGAUUUUUAACCUCGUCGUUGAUAGCUGAUGACAAAGAAAAUCGAGCUGAUUUUCAACUGAAUUCUAAAAUAGAAGUCCAAAAAUGUGCUCCCAAUGUAUACCAAGAUUCUAUAUUGGUUGCUGAUUUUAAAGAAGAGACAGAGAAAUCUAAUUACCAUGAAAUUGCUAGCGGUCGUUACUUUGCUAGUCAGCUUUUGAAGAAUGAAAAUACAAAAACUCCUAUAUAUGCGGAUCAAAAGCAAUCAAGUGAUCCAGUCUACAAACUAAUCAGUAAUCCUGGAAAGAAACCUGAAAAAGUAGUUUUCAACUUCGAUCUUAUGUAUCCAGAAAAAGACGAAGAGUUCAACAUGGAAGAAAUAUUGGCGAUGUCUAAAGGGUUUUAUAAAACCGAACCCAGAAGUGAGAAGCAUGCUACAAAUUGUACCUAUAGUUAUUCCAGUGACAAACAUAGCAAGAAACGAAAGACUGAUGUACUCGUGGAAAAAGGGCAGCGCUUACCUCCAUCACAGUCGCCUAUUGUGCCCAAAUCCACGCGAAUUGAGAUAUUUAAAGACGAGAGUGAUGAUAGCCAAAGUAGGCAACAAAAAAAUACUCAAGUGCAAGUUCAAACUACAACAUCCAUUUUGCCUUUGAAACCUGUGGUUGAUGGUAAUCUUGCACAUGAGACGCCAAUUAAAACUUCGUUAGCAGCCCAUAAUUCACAUUCGCCAACCGUAACAGCUUUUUCAAAAGAUGCGAUGGAUGAGGUAUUUUCCAUGUUCAAUCAACAUUAUUCGACCCCAGGUGCGUUAUUAGAUGGUGAUGAUACUACAACAAGUAGAUUCAACGUAUUUGAGAACUUUACACAGGAAUUUACCGCAAAAAAUAUUGAAGAUUUAACCGAGGUAAAGGGUCCCAAAGAAAAGCCAUCACUGCAAGCUGACUCAACAGAUGGAACCAAUGAUAAUUACGAAAGAUUUCCCACUAGCACUGCACGAACAGAAAGGGGGGAUUACAUGACGCCUAUAAAGGAAACUACUGAAACAAACGUGAUGCCCAUAAUCAAGACACCUAUCGAACAGAAAAAGACAAAUGAUAAAAAAUUGAGAGAUAAUACGGAGACACAAAUCGAAUUAACAAGCACGACAGUCCAAAGUUCUCCAUUUCUCACACAACCUGAGCCACAAGGGGAAAGGCUUUUACCAACUGAAAAACAUCUGGAAAAUAUUAAAGAGUAUUACUCAACCGUCAUACCUUCUUCUCUCGAAAGAGAAGGCGAAUCACCGCUUAUUAUUGAAAACCCACUUAGCAAUAUUUUAAGGGCGCAAAUUUUAUCUAAAAUUUCACCUCCGUUAUCUGAAUACAACACCUUAUACAACUAUAAUCAAGAAUUGAAGAUGAGUUCUCUAUUGAAAAAAAUUCACAGAGUAUCUCGCAAUGAGAACAAGAACCCAAUCGUUGAUUUCAAAAAAACAGGGGAUCUAUAUUGCAUACGUGGAGAAUUGGGUGAAGGGGGGUAUGCCACUGUGUAUUUAGCGGAGUCUAGUCAGGGGAAACUGCGAGCAUUGAAAGUAGAAAAACCGUCAAGUGUAUGGGAAUAUUACAUAAUGAGUCAAGUUGAGUUCAGGCUAAGGAAUAGUACAAUCUUAAAGUCAAUUAUUAAUGCUAGUGCCUUGCAUUUGUUUCUCGAUGAAAGCUAUCUUGUCUUGAACUACGCUAGUCAAGGUACAGUCUUGGAUUUGAUUAACUUGCAACGAGAAAAAGCAAUUGAUGGUAAUGGAAUAAUGGAUGAGUACUUAUGUAUGUUUAUUACUGUUGAACUAAUGAAGGUGCUUGAAAAGAUACAUGAAGCGGGAAUAAUACAUGGUGAUCUAAAGCCAGAUAAUUGUAUGGUUCGAUUAGAGAAACGAGGCGAACCUCUAGGUGCUCAUUAUAUGCGCAAUGGGAAGGACGGCUGGGAGAAUAAGGGAAUUUAUUUAAUAGAUUUUGGCAGAUCAUUUGAUAUGACGCUAUUACCACCUGGAACGAAAUUUAGAGCAAAUUGGCAGGCUGACCAGCAAGAUUGUUCGGAAAUGCGUGCAGGUAAGCCAUGGAGUUAUGAGGCUGAUUAUUACGGAUUAGCUGGUAUCAUACAUUCGAUGCUUUUUGGAAAAUUCAUAGAAACGACAGAGCUUCAGGAUGGAAGAUGUAGGUUGAGGCACCCACUAAAAAGGUAUUGGAAGAGAGAAAUAUGGAGCGUUAUUUUCGAUUUAUUGUUAAACAGUGGUCAAGUUUCCGACCAAGCUCUGCCAAUGACAGAAAAAAUCGUUGAAGUAAGGAACCUGAUAGAAAGUCACCUGGAAAUGCAUGCAGAGAACCACUUAAGAAACGUUAUCCUAGACGUCGAAAAAGAACUAUCACAUCUACAAUACAAGGGCAAGCCCUCAAAAGGGUUCUAA